UCAGACCAUACGGCGACUUCAACGAACUCAGUGCUGCGAUUAAACAAGUGAUCGUGUUAAGAACUUUGUACAGCCUUUUCGUAAAUUUGACGAACAUCAGAGAAAAUUAUAAUCGUGAACACAACCAUGACAUUCUUAUCCGAAAACAGUACACAGAUAACCAUCCAUGCAGCUUCGAGUAAUUCCGACCAAGCUUGUGAAAUAACAGCCGACUCCGCUGUAGAGGUUUCAGCUAAAGCUCUGGCUUAUAUUUUUAUUUUCAUGGUUUCGUUUUUCGGAAAUAUCUUUCUUCUUGUGGUCAUUUACAAGAACAAGCAGCUACGAAGAUCCAUCAACUACUUCGUUUUCAACAUGGCUGUAUCUGACCUCUUCAACCCUUUGACCGUCAUGACUGUGAAGAUCGUUGAGAUCAUUUCAGGCUCGGAAUCCUGGAAAGUUGAUCGUCCGUGGCUGCUAGGAAACAUUCUAUGCAAACUUGCCUACUUUCUGCCAGAUGUUUCCCUUUUGGUUUCCAUCGGAAGCCUUCUUUUGAUCUCGAUAGACAGGCUCUUCGCUGUCGUCUCUCCACUGAAGGCCAAACUUAUCUCCUCAAAAGUACGAUUGAUCAGCAUACUAAUCACGUGGUGUGUCGCCAUCGUCUUCCACGCACCUUAUUUUUACAGUUUCAAACUGAUCCUCUACGAAAAUAAAACGUAUUGUACCUUAAAUUGGGGACCAGCACUCGACCACCUGAAAACACACAACGGAUAUGUUACGGCAUCGUUUAUAACUUUUAUCCUCAUUCCCGUUAUUAUCCUGGUUAUUGUGUAUGGCAUUAUCGCAUGGACAAUACGAAAAAAGAACAAGAAAAGUAAAGAGCGAUUGUCUUGUCGCCAAAACCAUCGAGAUCAGCAGCUGAGGAAAAUUGUCCAAAUGACGAUGGCCAUCAUGAUUUCCUUUGUUACCUGCAUGACUCCACUGCUUAUCUAUUUAUUUUUUCAUAUUUUUGUAUGGAAUUGGGAACCGCCACCCGUUUGUGCAUUUCAAACAAUCAUCCCAUUUAUUUCUGUCUUUCUGCUGCAUUCAUGGAGUGCAGUUAAUCCCUGCAUUUGUUUUAUCUUUAGCAAGAACUAUCGCAACGGCCUUAAGCAAUGUUUUCAUUGUGACAGUCUUAGUCGAAGGUUAUCAAGUAUGCAAGAGCACUAUCGAAUGCGAACGAUGACGAGCUCCUAUGGAGACAGCUCUCUUCAGAUCCAUUCAAGUAGCGUACACAUUAUCUCGUACAGCAGAAAUACAUGAGCUCACUAUAUAUUUAGAUCCUAAAUCAGAAAAGCAGCAGUAGAAUCAUUGGGUAGGCACCUCGAACCUUUAAGUUCAACAGAGAUGGUUUGCAACGUUAUGUGAAAACUGAUAGUCUUUCGAUUUCAUGGAAAACACCAAGGACCGCGUAAGGACUAAAUGCGACACACUUAAGCACCAGAAGCUAAAGGACAUUAUGCUCAGAUCACGAUACAUCUGUUCUCUCCGUCAGCUGAUUUCCUUUUGCAAAUUUCGUGAGAUUCAAACGAUAAAGUCCAGCAGAUAUGAGCGGCAGAGCCACGAUGGGUCGCUUGUCCUAGUCAAAUUUUUUGUGUAGGCAUUUUCCGCGAUGAAAGAUGAUCUAUGAAUUAUUUGCACGGUAUAUUUAAAAGCAUAUCAUUAUGGACUGAAAUCAAGA